GUUAUUUGGUUGGAGCAAAUGUCUGUAAAACUAUAUAUUAAAUCACAGUGAAAAUUAUACAUUUUUGUUUGACCAAUAUUUUAGAAUUUUAUUAGUGGUGUAUGUUGCAUGUUAUGUCAUUGAUUACUUUUUAAUUAAUUGUUCAGCCAUGAUUGCAUGUAUAAACAGUAUUUCAUUAGGUAUUACAUCAAACAGUAUUAUUUUGAGUUAAAAUCUUAGAAAUUAAAUGUGGUUUUAAUUAUAAUUAAUGGUUUUUAAUUAGUGGUUUUAAUCAUCAAGCGUUUUUGCUUUUUCAGAAUCAAACAGAGGCUGAAAACAGCUUCUUUUUUUCUGGUAUUUUAUUUUCAUUAUAGUCUAAAACUUUUUAAUAAUCUGUAUUUUUUUUUUUAGGAGUAAGAACAAAGGCUCCAAUAAAGACAAAGUAUGGAAAAGGUUUGGAAGUACAAUGAUAGGAGCAAUUCCAGAAGGAGGGCACUAAGACUAGUCAGUGAAUUGAUUGACAAUGAGCAACAUAGGGAGGGGGAGGGGGAGGACAAUUUUGAGUUAAGUGUUUGUGUUGAUGAUUCAGGGAAAUCAGAGAUGGAAAUUAGUGAUGAUGAAGGUGACCACCAAAAUAUUGAGUUGGAUGUUGAAGAUAAGGAAGUAAACGAAGAGACUGCAGCUUCUGUUGAGGACCACUCUGAUCUUGGAGAACCUUGUAGUCAGAUAGAUAGUGAAUUGCAGAGUUCACUAGCAGAUUGGGCAAUUGAAUUUGGAAUUUCACUAAUUGCUUUGUCAGCACUUCUUACCAUUCUCCAAGUGAAUCAUUCCUCUCUGCCUAAGGAUGGAAGAACGUUGCUGAAAACACGCUACAGCGUUAGCAGUAUAGCUGGUGGUGUGUUCCAUUAUUGUGGAAUUCUUAAUUCUGUUUGGAAAAUCCUUGAUAAAGUUUGGUAUACUGUGCCAGACAAACAUGUCUUCAAACUACAGUUGAAUUUUGAUGGGCUACCACUCUUUAAGAGUAAUAGUACACAGUUUUGGCCAAUUCAUGGUUUGCUCCAAGGUCACACUAAGGCACCUGUGUUGAUUGGACUCUUUUGUGCUACUUCAAAGCCAAAUUCUUUGGCUGAUUAUCUUCAUGAUCUGGUUCAGGAGUUGAAAAUGUUGAGAGAUGGGUUUCUGUUCAAGAAGAAAACGUUCUUUUUGCAUGUUGUUUCUGUUGUGUGCGAUGCCCCUGCCCGAGCCUUUAUCAGAGGUGUGAAGUCACACACUGCAUAUCAUGGAUGUGAGAAGUGUCACCAAACAGGUGUUUGGAAAUCUAAUCGAAGGACAUUUCCUGAGUUGAAUGCAAUGCGCAGAACUGAUGAGAGUUUUAGGCAAGCAACUGAUGAAGAACACAUCCAGCACUCACCUCUUACAGACAUUGGCAUUGACAUGGUCGCUUGUUUCCCACAUGAUUACAUGCACCUGGUUUGUCUGGGUGUAAUGCGGCGUCUCUUAGACUUGUGGAUCAGCACCACUGGUCCCUUGCACUGUCGCAUAUCAUCCAUUCAAGCUUCCAUGGUGUCAGAUAGACUUAUUGCCUUGAGAAAUUACAUUCCACAUGAAUUUGCUCGAAGGCCUCGGGCACUAGCAGAUGAUGUAGGUGGAAAGCAACAGAGCUACGCCAAUUCUUGUUGUACACUGGUCCAGUUGUGCUGAACGAUGUUCUAAAGCAUCAAAUCUACGAAAACUUCAUGCUUUUGUCUGUAGCUGUGUACAUUUUGGCAAGUCCAAAAUUUUGCAUAAAGAUGAAUGACCUUGCAAAUACUCUGUUGCUUUCAUUUGUUGAACACUUUGGCCAGCUUUGUGGUGAAGAGUUUUUGGUUUACAAUAUCCAUGGCCUGGUGCACCUCAGUGAAGAUGUCAAAAUCCAUGGCAAUCUAGAUCUUAUAUCAGGAUUCCCCUUUGAAAAUUUCUUAGAAAAACUAAAAAAACUGGUUAGAGGGCCUUGCAAUCCUUUCACUCAGGUUAUGCGUAGGUUGUCAGAGAUAGAAAAUAGCAACUACAGUUGUGAUGUUCAAGAGGCAAUUCAAAAAUUGGAUAAAGAACAUACAGAUGGGCCAGUACCAGAGUGCUUCUCACUACAAGCUCGUAAAUUUAAAGUUCUUGCGAUUGAUGAUAUAGUUGUGAAACUCAAUGAGAGAGAUUCUUGUGUCAAAAUCGACAAUCAGUUGGUUUUAGUCCAAAACAUUGUUGAGGAUGAAGGUGCAGUAUACCUUGUGGGCAAUGAAUAUAAGCAAGUGGAAAACUUCUUUAAAUAUCCUAUUGAUUCAAAGGAGUUGGGAAUUGAUGUGGUUUCCAACCUCUCCACAAAUGUUCGGUGUUUCAUGACAGGAAAGAAGCUUCAGAAGUAUGUGAGAUUGCCAUUCCGAAACAGAUUUGUUGUUGUUCCACUCCUGCAUCAAGAGAAAUAACUCUUAAGUUGCUUUUGUAUAAUAUUCGGCUGAGGAAUACAAUUCUUUGUCUCUUAAGAUGUUUCACAUUGUUGUCUUUGACAAGACAAAUGAGGUUGAAGUUGUGCCUUCAGUCUGGAUUAAAAACGGAGAGUGCAUGUGGCCUCCAAAUAAAAGUGAUAUAACAAAAGCUGUAAAAUCUCAAAAGAGUCCUGGAGAUGAUUGGAAGCCCCAUAAGGCCAGAAUUAUUUUCACAUCAUGUGAGUUAUGUUUUGCCACCACUUCCUUUAAAUGAAUUAAUAGUAAUUUAAUUUAAAAUCACUGUUUUACUUUUUACAUUUCUUCUUUUUGUGAUGCCACUUUUCCAGUUAGCUACAAGGAGGCAAGACGUAAACUACCUCUAGCUGUUAAUCACACAGACAUUGAUUAGACCGAUGGAGGGAACUCACCCAUUACAUUUCAAAGAAAAAGAAAGUAGGGUUUUUGGUUUGUGUGUUUUGCACCACAUUUAAAAAUAAAAGUAUAUUUUGAAAUUGAUAAAUGUGUUGUUAGACCCAAGAACAUUCUUUUCCCUGGAGAAGAUGAUGAUAGUGAGAUGGAAGGACACCAGAAAGAACCAAAGUCAAAAAAAGGCAGAAGGUAUUCCAUACCUGAUGCUCCAAAAAUCGCUAGACAACACAAAUUAGACCCAGGAAAGCCAAGCUUCCCAAAGCUCUGCCACAGUACUCCUGACCUCCCUAAUGAUGAGAUGAAACUCAUUAAAGGAACAAAGUCAAGAAAAAGGAGGCAUGCCUUAUGUUGAGUUGUGCUACACUACUGUUGCAGCUAGCAAUGCAUCCUGGAGAUUAAUUAUCUUUAGCCGUUUUAGGCAUAUUUAUUAAACUUCUGCUGACACAUCAGUCUCACGGUCAGAGCAGCUCACAUACAUACAUACAGAGAAGAACCAUACACACAUGGGACAAACAUUAACGCAAUAUAGUCACCAUAGUCAACACUUUAGUACCCCUAGUGGCUUACUCAUAUGCACAACACAGAAGAACUAUACAACAUUACAUCACAUACAACUGAGGACAUUAUAAACAUAUUUUAACACCCCCACUUGUAACCAGGUUGCUAUUUAACAAAACAAAAAUAAAUAAAUAAAUAAAUAAAUAGAAGAUAUAAUAAGUGUGGACCCUUGUCAUACACAUAUUAAUCUCCAAAAAGAACACUUGCAAACCUAGUUAGUUUUAACUUAGUUGCAAGUUUGGUCAUUACAUCAGCAAUCAUGUUAUCACUAGAACAAUACAUUAAAGUCACUCUUCCUUCAUUCACAAUAGACCUGAUAAAGUGAUACUUUAUGUCUAUGUGUUUACAUCUCCGUCUGUUUACAGGGUUUUUGGCAAGAGCAAUUGUUCCCUGAUUAUCCUCAUGUACUACAGUUUGUACAUACUUAUAGUUAUCUAUACCUUCUAGUAAAUGCUCUGGGUACAAACACUCUUGUAUGGCUGAAGCAAGUGCCAUAUAUUCUGCUUCGCACGUGGAAAGCGCCACAGUUGGCUGUUUUCUAGUCUUCCAUGACACUAGAGAGCUGUUUUGGCUUAAACUCACACAGUAUCCGGUAGUACUGCGUCUAUCACUGGUAUCAGCUGCCCAGUCAGCAUCACUGUAGGCUUGUAUACCUAAAUUCUCACAGUCAUUUCUCCUAAAACUUAACCCUUUCUCUGCUGUACCUUUGAGAUAUCGAAACACAUGUUUCACAGUGACCCAUUGUUCUUAUGUAGGUUCAGCAAAAUACUGUGAUAAUCUGCUCACAACAAAACUCAAAUCUGGUCUGGUACAAACAGUCAGGUAUAUAAGACUUCCCACAGCUUCUCUGUACAUUUUUACAUCUUUCAUCUUUACUGCAUUUUCAGUAUAUUCUAAUUUCUGUUCACAUGGUGUUUUUCUGAUCCUACAGUCUUGCAUAUUAAAACGCUGUAGUAUCUUGUUAGUGUAUUUUUCCUGUGUCAUUUUUAUACACCCAUCUGACAAAUUAAAAUCAAUACCCAGAAAAUGUUUCAGUUUACCCAGAUCUUUCAUUUUAAACUUUUCUGCAAGCAUCUCUUUCACUUCUUUUAGUCUCUCUUGAUUGCUUGCAGCAAUAAUUAAAUCAUCAACCCAUGUAAUUAUGAUCACUUUCCCUUCUUUUGACUCUUUGGCAUAAUCUCAGAAAGACAAUCGUGAAAAUCCUAUUCCAGUUUCGCCGGAUUGUUUCAAACCGUAAAGUGAUUUCUCUAGUUUGUAAACUAUACCCUCUUUCUCUUGGUAACCCUCUGGUGGAUUGAUGUAGAUCUCAUAGUCUAUAGGAGCAUGCAAGUAUGCGGUUUUCACGUCCAUGAUGCAGGAGUAAAUUUUCCUGUGCCGCUUUCUGUAGCACCACCCUCACACUUGCCAAGUCUGCAGUGGGCGAAAAUGUCUCUCCAUAGUCUAUUCCCAUUCUCUGGUUGUAACCUUUGGCCACAAACCUGGCUUUGUAUUUGUCUUUUCCAUCUACAUCAGUCUUUAUAGAGUAGACCCAUCUACCCCCCACUGUUUUCUUGCCUUUUGGCAGUGGGGUAAACGUUUUGUUCUCGUUUAGAGACUGGAUUUCUUCGUCCAUGGCUUUUAUCCAUUCUUUUGAAUUAGUUGACAUCAUUGCUCCCUCAAAAGUCUGUGGAAUGCCACACACCGCUCUGCAGCAAUAAUCUAUUGUGAUAUUCACCUCAUCAUUAUCACUGUCUUCAGUCACGAAGUCAUCCAAGUAACU